AAAGCGUUCUCUAGCGAAGUCAACGUCGUGAAUGUUAGCCACGAAUAUGUGGUAACACACAACACAAAGAUCUCUCUUUUUUCAUAUGAAUCUAUUAUAACGUUCUUUUUGGAACCUUUGUGCAACUUUUGGUCAUAAUGGCAGAGGUUGAAAGGUCAAGAAUACGCAGCGUAGUUCAGGUGAGUAAAUGAAGUUGGAAGAUUAGUUGAGGAUUAUGUUCGAUCGCUUGUAAAGGUUGUAGGUAUUAUUUGAAUAAAUCAUGUCUGAUGAAAAUUAUUCUCUUUUUGUUUCGGUGGGAAGACUGUAAAGCAUUCCAAUUCUCCAAGCACGAGGAUAACGAGAUCGCGGUCUCGAUCGAGAUCACCGGUUGAAGGAAGGUACGUGAAGUUUAUGAUGACCGAUCAUUUUAUGUAUUUAGUAACUCAGUGAUAAUUUAAACGAUCUGAGUACAGAAACAAAUCAAUUACUUAUUACUGUAAGAUCUAGAUCGAUAUGAUGGAUGCUGUGGGUGAACUGGAAAAAUAGUUUUAACUUAUCAAAGCACGUUUGCCUGUAACGUUCAAGAUGUAGUAUGCACUCAUUUAUAAUGUAGUUUGAAUUCAUUCUGGGAAGGUUUGAAUCUAAAAGAGUUCAAACGACGUUGGUUGUGUUUUCUCUUCUUUCUAUUAACAAAAUAAUAUGUAAUGGAGGAAAUAAACCACAGGUCUAUGCUGCAGUGCUGAUAAAUUAUCAUUUUUGUCUUCCUAAUUUCCAUUGGCCCUGUUCUUGCCAUUGCAUAAAAUAAUGUGCCCCCCUCCCCUUAAGAGUGGUUUGUCGGUCCCUUCAGUGCUGUUUUCUUGUGUAGAAAGGAGAAUUGAGUGCACAAAAAGCAUGACUUCAGAAAUGGCUGCAGAAUUUUAUGCAGCCCCUCAUUUUCAGGCACAGAAAAAGGUAUGACCCCAUCCCAUUUGCACCAGCCCACCAAACUGUCUGGGUAAAUGACAAAAUGCAGAAAAAGAGGAGAUAUGGGAGGAGGGGGGGGGAGGGUAUCCUGCAAUGCAGUGGGAACUGGUGGAGAAGGAUUAAUGAUAUUCCUAAUCUGAUUAUACCUUGGAAAUCUGAAUAAGCUGAAGCAGUGAGGGUCACAGGAUUAAAGAGAGGACAUUGUCUUUCUCCACCAUCAGAAGGCCUAACUUCAUGUAUUUUCUUGUUUUGUAGAAGGAAAGCUAAUGAGGAUAAAGAGAACAUACGCAGGAGUGAUGAUGAUGAUGAGGAUGAAAAGGAAUACCACGGAAGACUGCAACAAAGUGAUAGUGACAAUGACACAAGAUCUCAGCGGAGGAAAGAAAGGAAGAAAUAUGACUCAGAACGAUAUAAGGAGCGAGAAAGACAUGACAAUCGAAGACGUCGCAGUGAUGAUGAUGAUGGUGAUAAUGGUGGCUGGCGUGCAGAUCGGCGAAAAAGGCAGGAACAUAGAUCUGACAGAAGAAGGCAAGAUACACCUUCAGAUGAUGAGAGGUAUGACAAUCGCAAUCCAGUUGAGAAAAAAGGUAAAUAUGAUGAGAGAAGAGAACAGCCAGAAGAAGAAGGAUCAACAGAGAAGACUGAAGAGCCAGAAAAGGUUGUAAGAAAGAAGGCAAAUACAGCUAAUCCACUCCUGACAAGAACAGGUAAAUUGUACUUUAAUGUGCAGCAUAUUUGAAAAUGAGACUUGUCAUUCAUUCAUUCUCUCAUGACUUUACUUCUUAACACUUUUUUCUCAAGAUCAGUAUAGAUAUUCUCCCUACUGCUCUCUAUACAUUUCCUAAAGUGCUAAGAAGGAGAACUUGUUUGGCAAUCAAAGGCCUCUUUAGUUGGUGACAAUUUCACUUUUAUUCUUUUGAUCUUAUUGUUUGAUUCAGAGGUGAUAUUGUAAGGAGAAAAUAGAUGGUAGUUAUUCCUACAAGUCAAAGGGUUCAUGAAACUCAUUCUGGAAUGAAUUUCAUGCCCAUGUCACUUCUUCCAUCAUGCAGGGCGUGAAAUUUUGCCUAAUACAGGCGCCAAUGCGACUAAAUUUUUCAUUUUGGCGACCAAAUCCUGAAAGUUAGUCACCAAAUUGGCGACUAGAACAUUUCAUGUUAGCCAAGUGGCUAUCAGAAAAAAAAAUUAAUUUCACACCCUGCCAUGUACAUGCACACUGUCAACCCCACUUUGGGCUUUGACACAAGUGACAGUUUUUGGUGCUGGAUUUUCAAUGUAAUGAACAAUUAUUUACCAAAGGGGAGGUGACUAACAGUAGAAAUUAGUUUUAAUUAAUUCUGUCAUUAUACCAAAAAUGGUCAGAAGUUAAAUUGUUGGCAUGUGAUUUUGUCUCUUCCACUGCUCAGAGGUGAAUAUUGCUAACUAAUCAUUUGUGAACCAGUUAAUCAGAGUACCUGAAAAGCAUUAUUCACCUGUAGUGUAUAUAUUAAUGCAUAUACAGUGAAAAUCUGAUUGGUCAAGAUAAUUAUGCAAUGACGUGUGAGGCUGACAUGGUAAAACCUAAUAUCUACAUGGAUAUUGCAUUCAUCUUGUUGAGUUUAAUUCUGCCUAGUUCUAGUCCUCUUCUAAGCCCGCUGUCUAUGUAGUGUUAUCAAUCUUUUGAAACCUCAAAUCACAUGUCUUUGUUGUCUGCCUCAGCCUAUGGCUUCAGUAGAGAACUCAGGCCUUGGUUUUUUUCACAAGAGUAGGAAACAUACAUGUACGUGUAGUUCCUGUUGUUGUGGUCUGGCUGUGAUUCUGAAAUUAGGGGCAUCUGCAAAAUUUCCUUAAAAAAUUGUAAACUGUUCAAUGCAGUCUGGUCAAAGUCCUCUGCAAAGUGUUAUAAAGGAACGGGAGCCAAUGGAUAUGGCACUAUAGAAAUCCUUCAUUAUUAUUAUUAUUAUUAUUGUUAUUAUUUCUUCUAUCACAGUCUUUGCUGGUGUUCUUUUUGUGCACCAGCUGGCACAAACCAUGCACCUAGUCAAUCAUUCUGUUCAAACACUAAGCACCUUUCUGAGGACUUGUGCAGAUCCCAGCAUGCAGAUCUUUUGAAUCUCUGUCACAAUAGCUGCUUGUGAUACUUUCUUUAUGUUUUCCACCAUCCCCUUCCUUACUGUACCAAGCAUACCAUUAUUAUUAUUAUGUGGCAGUGUAUACUUAAGUAUGCCUAGGCAUGAUUACAUUAAGUUGGGCAGGCUAGCUGUGACCGAGAAAACAAAACCUAUAAAUAUAUAUUUACACAUCUAAAACUAUAUAUCUAAUUUGUUUAUAUUCAUUAAAAAAUUAGUGUCCAUAACUGUUUGCUUUUGUCCAUCAAAAAAAAAAAAAAAAAAAAAUUUUUUUUUAAAUUUUUAAAAUAUUAAAAAAUAUAAAAAAUGUUUAUAUUUAAGUAAUAAGCUAAUAAGACUUUUCAUAAAAAUAUUAUUAUUAUAAUAUAAUAUAAUUAUUAUUAUUAUAUAUAUAUUAUAUAAUAUUAUUAUUAUUGUUGUUAUUAUUAUUAUUAUUAUUAUUAUUAUUAUUAUUAUUAUAUCAUGCUCAACCUCAUCCAAUAGUUGCUUAUUAUAAUUGUUUCCAUAAUAAGCUUGAUGGCAUGAACACUAUGAUGAUUUCAUUAAAUUUUCUUUGAAGGGGGAGCUUACAUUCCACCAGCAAGACUCAAAAUGAUGCAGGAAGGUAUUGAAGAUAAGAGCAGGUUCGUUCAUACAUAGAAAUGAAGUCAGAAUUCAUUCUCUUUUUCUUCAUAAUUGAAGCCUUUUAUGGUUGAUUCUUCAAUGCUUUUAUUGAUGGCAAGUUGAAGGAUUUACUUAGUCUUUUUGUUCAUAUUCAAGAAUUAAGAGGCCUAAUUGUUUUGGACUUUGCCAAGUGCAGUCUUCCUUGACACCGUAUUUACCUGUGUAUAAGUUGACCCCCAAUUUUUGAGGCUAAAAACUAGUUUUUCUUUAUUUCCAGGUAAAAAUUUCUUGGAAUACUUAUCUGGUAUUUCUUAGGUUUUCCUUUUAGUGACUACAGAUAUGUGAGCAAAUCACAGCAAGUUUCAAUUUGAAGUUUUAAUAUUAUAGCAUAUAUAAGAGUGUUUUUACCCAGUUUAGCAACAAAGGUUUAUGCUGGCUUUUUGAUAAUAAUUUUUGUGAAAUGCUUACAAAAUCAAACAUGAUAAUUCCAAACAAGCCUUUUUAUGUGUAAGAGAUAAAAAGUCAAUUUCUUCAUCAUAAGCCAUCCCAGAUCUUUUUGUGAUUUAUUAUUACCUCUUUUGUUCUUAUGGUUAAUCUUCACACGCUUAAUAAAUAUAAUUUGUAUUCUUUUUCAAGUUGAAGUGUAAAAAAAUAGCUUGACAAUAUUCUGACAGGGCCCCUUCAAAACUACCAUAUCAUCAAUCAGCUUUACAUACGAAAUGAAAAUUGAGUUAAAUGUUGUUUUAUUUUCACAGAAAGUAGCCAUAAAUUGGAUCUAACCAUAUGUCAUGUGUUAUUUACAGUGAAGCCUAUCAGCGUAUCAGCUGGGAAGCUCUGAAGAAAAGUAUCAAUGGUCUCGUUAACAAGGUACAGAGCUGAUCAUUUUGUCAAGUCUCUUAACAAUAGAGCAGUUUCUUUAAUAACAGGACACCUGGAUGUGUUAACAAGGGAUGUAUUGGUAGUUACCUAUAAUUCUGACUGGUUACAGGCGGAAAAUAGUAAAUUCACUUUCCAAAGUACAGGAAUGAAAUUGCAAAAUGAAGACAAGUAAAAAAAAGUCAACAACUCAGGAUAUUACAUGUAUGUCCAGUCACCCAACCAACUAGCAACCCCAGACAACUGGGCUUAACCCUGUACACAAUAACAUCAGUAUACAUAUUCUCCAUACUGUUCUAUAUGUAUUUCCCAAAGUGUUGACAGGGAGAAUUUGUUCAAUAAUCAAGAGCUUCUUUGGCUGGUGAUCAUUUUAGAUAUUCUUCUGACCUUAAUGUGUGAUUCAGGUGUGAUAUUGUAGGGAGAAAUUAGAUGCUAAUCACUCUUAGGGGUUAAAGGGUUGACUUCAGUGAUAAACAGAAGCAUAGUUAUAAAAGACUACAAUUAGAACAAAACUUGAGCAAAUUUUAGAUGUGGUCUGUCUGUGGCAUCCCGUAUAAUGAUAUUAGUCAUAGUAGUGGUAUAUAUUAGUCUUUUUGGUAUACAUCUGGGCAUGUGGAAACAUAUAUUUCACCUUUUCCUACCUAGGUUAACACAUCAAACAUUGGCAACAUUGUAGGAGAGCUUUUUCAAGAAAACAUUGUGAGAGGAAGGUAUGACAACAGUGUGUGCUUUUUCACAAAUAGAUUCUGGUAGAUUCCAUUUUGCUAUACAUCUGUACUAUAAUAGAUCACAGGAAAUGUCAAAAUUCGGUAAGAACAAAAAACUGGCGCAUUGAAGUAUAGCAGAGUGUGUCAGUGAUGUUCUUACCAUAUUUUGAUGUCUUCAGUGAUCUAUGACUGUACAGACCCAAGAUAACAUGGAAUCCAUCUGAUUUAUAUACUUAACCCUUUACAACCUGACAUCAAUAUGCAUAUUCUCCAUAAUGUUUUCUAUACAUUUCCAAAGGUGCUGACAAGGAGAAUUUGUUUAAAAAUCAAGAGUUUCUUUUGUUGGUGAUAAUUUCUUUUAUUCUCAUGACCUUACUGCCUCAUUGAGGGGCAAUUUUCUAAGGAGAAACUUGAUGUUAGUCACUCUCAGGGGUGAAAGGGUUAGGCAAAGAAGCAAAAAUUGUGUAUGGUGACAUCAUCUAAUGCAUCUGUCUUCCAAUAGAUCCUAAGUAACAACCAAUCAGAAUUCAUUUAAAUUGAGAUUAUUACAUAAAUGCUAUUUAUCUGUCUUGUGGGACUUUUAGAGAUGAGUAAAAUAUGCAGUGCUCUGUCAAACAUGGUUGUGGAGCUGUGUGGCUUAUGAUUUUCACAUGUAAUGAGUUCUUAACCAUUUUGCAUCCUGUUGUAGGGGUGUCCUUUGUCAAUCAAUUAUCAGAGCACAGGCAGCGUCACCCACAUUCACUCAUGUUUAUGCUGCUCUUGUAGCCAUCUUGAACACAAAGGUACAGUACAUUCGUGAAUUACAUGGUUUACAUGUAAGUGUGACAAAAGAGUUCCAUAGAAACUCGUCAGUUUUUUCCCAUGCUGAAUGUAUAUAAACUGUUGGGAAACUGAGCAAAAACCAAUGUUGCAAUAAUAGCAGAGAAUGUCUGUUAUUUCUUUGGUUUGUUUCUCAAGUUAAUUGAAACCUUUGGGCCAAAAACCAUCGUUAGGAAAAAAAUAUAGCAAGUCAAAUCAGCAGAGAAUCUUUUUUGAAGAGUUUUGAAAGUUGUUGUAAUGCAAUUGUAAGUAAUAUUAGUAGUAAUAUUUGUUGAAUAAGGUAGCUUCUUAAUCCAACAAAAAUGUAUUUAUGUAUUGCAUGAUAAUGUUACAGUGAAUUAAAACAUAUCCUUUUACUUGUUUUCAGUUUCCUAAAAAUGGUGAACUUCUUUUGCGUCGGCUGGUGCUGCAGUUUAGGAGAGCUUACAGAAGAAAUGACAAGGUAGACAAUCUUCAGUUGAUAAAUUUCAGGUGUUCAUGACAAAUAUAAUGUAUUUAAAUAUGAAUUUGUACUUUCCAUGGUCACUGGGACAGUCACAGCUUGGAGCAAUGUGAUUCUGGUAGCCUUGGUGAAACUUGAGUGUGUUCCUUAGGUGGGUAGAAGUUGCAAAAUGAUGCCACUAGUAUUAACUCAAGUUUAACAUCACCUAACUGUCACCGUUCCAGUCACAGCUUGGAGCAAUGUGAUUCUAGUAGCCUUUGCUGAAGCUUGAGUGUGAUCCUCACCUGCAUAGAAGUUACAAAAUGAUGCCAUGAGUAUUAUCCCAAGUUUAACAUCACCAAACUCUCACAAGAGCCCGGUAAAGUCUCUUCUUUUUCAUUCCUCAGGCUGUGUGCUUAUCAUCCACAAGGUUCAUAGCUCAUUUGGUCAACCAACAAGUGGUUAGUUUAUAUAUAUCUUAUUAAACAUUUUGGUGUGUAGUAUCACUGAGUAUUUUUACAAAUUGUCGUAUUUUCAUGAGCCCAUAGGGUGAGUCGAAAUGCAAACAACAAGUGAAAAUACUCAGCAGUACCAAACCCCAAAAUAUCCUAAAAGUUAUUUAUUAGAAACUACUUUAUUUUAUGAAUUUCUUAUAAGGCAGGAAAAGUGAUUCACAUGUUAUUUGUCGUCUUCUUAGUGCAGUUAGAUAAUAAAAGUUUUUCUCACUGAACAAUAAUCAUGUUGAUUAAAUUCUAUAUGAAAUAUUUAUCUAUAAAGAGUCUUAGUCUUCUUAGAAGUGUUUUAUCAUUUUGCUCAUCAGGUUACAGUAUCUGACAAGUGUUACCCUUUCUUUUCCAGGCCCAUGAGAUUUUAGCUUUGGAGAUCCUGACAUUAUUGUUACACAAACCCACAGAUGAUAGUGUUGAAGUUGCAGUGAGUAUUUAUCUUUAAUUAGUUUCUUCCACAUCUUGUGAAAUUAAACACUAAGUGAUACUGUGUUUUAUAUUUUUUGUUCUCUAGAUUGGGUUCCUGAAAGAAGUUGGAAUGAAAUUAACUGAAGUAUCUUCCAGGGGUGUUCAUGGUAGGUUUGUCUGACGAAGGGCUUGUGAUCCAAAUGCCAGCUUUUGAAACUCUUAACGGUUGGCUGAUUUACAUCAUCAUCAUCAUCAUCAUCAUCAUCAUCAUCAUCAGUUAACCCUUUGACCCCUAAGAGUGACAAGCAUCUAAUUUCUCCUUACAAUAUCUCCCCAAAAUCACAGGUUAAGGUCACGAGAAUAAAGAAAAUGAUCACCAACUAGAGAAGCUCUUGAUUGUGAAACAAAUUCUCCUUUUCAGAACAUUAGGAAAUGUAUAGAAGACAGUGAGGAGAAUCUGCAUGCUGAUAUUAGGGUGUAAAGGGUUAACAAAAUCUUGUAAUACCCCCACCAAUGCAACACCACUGUUUCUUAGAAGCAUAAUCUCUUAACCCUUUAACUCCCAGAGGUGAUUAUUAUUAACUUCUCCUGAUAAUAUCCAUACAUUAUCUGGCAAACAGGUAAUGAGAAUACUCAAACUUAUCAGGUAGAAGUUGUCAUCUUGACCUAACACCAAAUUCUUGUAACAAACAUACAACAAACUGUUUAGCAGCUAGAAGGGAGAAGUAACAAUUAGAUUUUGAGAGUUAAAGGGUUAAACAGUUGAAACAAAUUUCAGUGACAAAUUUAUUGGUAUAUUUACCUUUUAAGCUUAUUGAUACUGUGACUGCCGCCCUAACAGCUUCUGAUUAGCAUGAAAGAUCUUCCAAAUUGUGCAAAUAUUGUUUAGUUUAUAGAACUUUCAUAUGGUAAUAAUUUUUGGGCUAAUUGUCCUUUCAUUUGACUCACAGCUGUGUUUGAGAGGCUGCGGAACAUUCUUCAUAAUGCAGAGAUUGACAAGCGAGUUCAGUACAUGAUUGAAGUGAUGUUUGCUGUAAGAAAGGAUGGAUUUAAGGUAGGUAUAUACAUUAUGGUACACUUUGAAAGAUGUCCUGUGGCUCAAAUUUUUUCUGUAGAUUUAGGUUUUCACAGUUUUGAAAAAUUUAAAUCCAGAAGAAAAUGUGAGCUCCUAGAGAGAUAAUCAUAAUGAGAAUUUUUAAGCAAUUGUAAGUAUUUAUUAAAUAUUCAUAUUAUUAAUUGAUUAAAACAAUGUUAAAUGUAUGGGUCUUUUUUUAGGAUCAUGUUGCAGUACCUGAUGAACUUGACCUUGUUGAAGAGGAAGAUCAAAUCACUCAUUUAUUGCGGCUGGAGGAAGCAUCAAAUCCAGAGGACAUUUUAAGUAUGUCUUCUGUCAAGUGACAUUUAAUGAACUAGUGUUUUUCAGAACAUUGUAUUUCUGACAAUUGUGGAAAAUCUAUUUACUUCUAUGCAUCUUUUAAUCAGAUGUCUUCAAGCUUGAUCCAAAUUUCUUGGAAAAUGAAGAGAAAUACAAAGAAAUCAGAAGAGGUGGGUACAUUUUUUGAACAGUUGCAUAUUGGAGAAAUUAUCAUUUUUAAAACAUUCUUAAAAAUUUCAUGUUCCUAACUUUAUGUUAUUUUAAUUUUAAUUUAGAUAUUCUUGGAGAAGGAGACUCAGAUGAUUCUUCUGAUGGAGAUGAUGAUGAUGACGACGACGAUGAUGACGAUGACGAAGGCGAGGGCCAAGGUAUAGUCCAACUUCAUUUUGUUACCUUUGAAGAGAGAAGUUACAGUUUGUCCUUAGAGCACUAUGGGAUUUAUACUGUUUAUGGCUUCAAACCAAGACCAAACAGACUGUUUCAUGCAUAUGUUUCCUGUUGUAGCUAAGAAAAAUAGAUGUCAGAGCUGGCAAGCUUUGAUUCUUCCUCUGACAACAGUUGUGUUUUUUUCUUCUUUGUAGAUGACAAAAAAAUGGAGAUUAUUGAUCACACUGAAACAAAUCUUGUAGCUUUGAGAAGAACGAUAUACCUCACCAUUCAGUCCAGGUACACUCUUUUGACUAGUAGUUUAAAAUAAAACUUUCAUAGUGGCAAACAUCAUUUUUGAUUACAGAGGAUCAAAGCAUUGGGAUUGAAAAGCAAGGAGCAAGAGAAUCAAGGAUUAAGAAUCAAGAGUUGAGACACUCAAAUAACUUUCAAGGAUCUCGAUCCACAGUUUUGGGGGAAAUUAUUUAAUUUUUACAUGCAAGACAAUAGGGAUGUGUAUGUUGGAUAUCUUUUUCCCAUUUCAAGGCAAUCACUUUUUCCUUAGAAAAAGUGAUCUUUUGCAUCUACAACGUAGUGCAUUCUUGGUGUUGUCACAAAAUGGAGACCACACAGGUGUCAUUUGAUUUGAGACAAUAGCAUUGCAAUUCUUUAUCUUUUUUCAUGCCUAAUUGUUGUAUUUUAUUUGGGUGAUUGUAGUUUGGAUUAUGAGGAAUGUGCCCACAAACUGCUGAAGAUGCAAAUUAAACCAGAACAAAUGGUAAGUUAUUAGAGGCUUGGAGAAAUGCUGGAAGCUUUUGAGCUGGUUCCUAUCUUUUUCAAUCCAAAAAAUUGCUAUUAGUGUGUUCUGUUGAUUUUAUGCCCCAUGCUCCACCUGCUGCUAUGUUUCGUUGUUCGUUAGAAUUAUUAUUUUUAUCAUAUCAUAAUUAUCAGUACUAUUAUCUUCCUUUUCUUUUUCGUUCGAAUCAACUCAUCCCUUGUAAACAAAGUUUCCUUACUUCAUACUUUAGAAUGUUAUUGAGGUGAUGUUUCAUAAAUAUUUGUAUUACUUCUUUCACAGUCUGAGUUCUGUACAAUGGUCAUCGAUUGCUGUUCUCAACAAAGAUCUUAUGAGAAGUUCUUUGGUCUCCUGGCCCAGGUUAGUGACUUGUAAACUGUACAAAUUAUUCGGCUUUUCUUCUCUUCGUUUUGAAUCUUUGCUGGAUUAUUUUUCGAUCAGAGACUUAACUGCAGAAGUGCUUUGAUUAGCACGCUCUGAACUCCGGAUGGGAAGGCCUGGGUUCUUGCUCUGGCGAGGGAUCAUUGUGUUGUUUGCUUGGGUAAGGUCUUCUGCUGUCACAAUGCCUCAAUCCACCCUGGGGUGUAAAGUAGUAUGGGUGAGACCGAGGGGAACACAGCCCCUGUGCAAGACUUCACAUUCAUUAGCCAUUUAACCUUUAACAUUUCUUUUUAGCGGUUCUGCCAGCUAAAUAAAGAGUACAUGGAGGAGUAUCUCAAGGCUUUUCAGGAACAAGUGAGUUUUUAUAUUAAAUCUUUCAAUUCUCAAUCAUUUUUCUCCAAGGAGAGGAUGUAAAUUCUUGUACAUAAACUUUGUUACACUGUCAGAUAGAUGAUGACCUUGAGACAAGUUAUCAAGUUGGGGAUAUUGUUUGGUUAAAGAAUCAUUUUCACGGGUACUAUCCAACAAAGAAACACAUGGUCGGUUGUUUGUUACAGGGGUUUGCUGUCUUUUUAGCCUGCGAGUAGAUGCUUAGAAUGCUGAUAAUUACAUUUCCGAACUUAUAGAUUUCAAAAUUUUCCUUUCCCUGGUUGGGGAUAUUUUGCUUUUUAGAUCUUUGGAAACAAAAGCUUAAAACAGCUGUACGUCGGUGUCUCGAGAAGUUUUCUUUCAAGUCUAAAAUUAAUGAUAGGGGGAGGGAAAUUGUAAAACGAGAAGGAAAAAAAUAACUAAAGGGGGGAGGGAAAGUGUAGAGGAGAAGAAAAAACCACAGAAGACCGAGGAUGAUGAAGGAUGGUGAAGAUUGACAGAUAAUAAACGAUGAACUUUACCAUGUGUUUAUUUCUCAGUACGAAACAAUCCAUCGCCUUGAGACGAACAAACUUAGGAACGUGGCCAAGUUCUUCGCUCAUCUUCUUUUCACCGAUGCCAUCCCUUGGACGGUAAGACUGCUAGACUAGAAUGAAAUGAUUUCAGAAGGGUGCGGUUUUAAAGUGGUGAUGAUGUGUCCGCACUAACAGCUGUAUCACUUACAACAAGAUUCGAGCCUGUAAGGGGCUUGGCAUUGAAAAUCCCUCGUGAGGACCAACGCAACGGUCAAACGUCACGCAAACGCGAAGGGAUUAAUUUUGGCCGGCGUAGUGAAUAUUUUCAAACUAAAUAACAUCCACACCAGGUGAAAUUCGAUUUAAUGAUCCCUUUUCUUACCUCUGUGUAGGUGCUAGACUGUAUAAAACUGAAUGAAGACGAAACCACCUCCUCAAGGUACGUUACAGUUUGGUUAUGAGAUUCGCCUGCGCAUUAUUAUUAGCGCUGAAAGACGCGCGUUUCUCCGCCCACAGAAGGUUUGAGAUGAGUCAGGGAGAGGCUUGUCAGGGAUCUGGUACCAGUAGUGCCAGACCCCUUACAGACCUCUCGCUGGCUCGCUUUGUUCCGGGCUUCAUACUUUCAGGCGGGCGAAAAAACGCGCGCGCCGAAGCGCUUAUAAUAGGAACCUUUAGCAGUUAGGACUGCAACGCCAAGGAAGACGUCGAUUUCAAAGUGAAUACAUACAUAUUUUUAGUUGGAAUUUCGCGAAUGACUGGAUGUGUUUACUAUCUCUAAUGGCGCCGCAAGUUAACCUCAGCAUAACGUAUGAGAGCGGCGUUGAGUUCCAAUGGAAACUUGGAAUAAUCUGCAGUCGGGUUUUCUUUCUCGGACCACGCAAAUCUUGAUGAUUUCACGUUGUUAUUUUGCAGAAGACGGCUAAGAAAUGCACACAGUGUUAAAACGCACGUGAUGAGCUAUUGAUCUGCUUAUUAGAUCUUUUGUUUUGCCACGUCCUCGUUACCGUCGCCGUCGUGGUUUGCUAAAGGUCCCUAGUGAGGACCUGCUCGAAGUCUAGUACGAGAAUAACUUUUAUUGAAGUGUAUCAAUUUCCAUGCAGAAUAAUUCUCCACUCACUUCGUUUUCUUUAUUCCAUAUUUGCAGCCGUGUUUUUAUCAAGAUUCUGUUCCAAGAGUUAGCCGAAUACUUGGGUCUUCCAAAACUCAACGAGCGCCUGAAAGAUCCGUAAGUACUAAAAAGGUUUUUUUAUUGAAAUUUACAGCAAUUUUCAGGUGAGUGUCGAUAGUCAUCCGGGAUUUCCCUGGUUUUGUUUUACUUCGCUCUGUGAUGGGAUCAGAAAACUCGCGCCGCUCCCUCAACCAAUCAGUCGCCGAACUAAAAUUACUCACGACUUGAUUUCGCGCGCUUCAUGUUGUGUCCUUGUUUUUACUUUGAGUUCCCUCAGAUUGGCCGUCGUAAUUGCUUUGGUUUUGGGUCCACGACACUCAAACGAAAAAUGCUGGAUGUAUUUUCUAGUUUGAUAACAUAUAAAUUGUUUACUUCAUGUUUGAGAAUACGCGCGUAUCCGAAGAAUUUUCAUGGCAUAAAUCUUUUUAGAUGCUCCAUUUGCCAGUCUUUCUUGCGUUAUGAAGACGAAUCCACUGAAACAAAAGAAGAUCAGCGGUAUAAGCUACUAAAAGUGCGGUGCACGGAAACUCAUAACUUACCUCCCCCCUCCCCUCCCCCUCCCCGACACCUCCUUCUGGAAAACCUAGCUACGUUCCUGAAUGUGUUAUGAUGUAAGUUUUGCUGUGGUGAGUUCACUCGCCCAGCUGAAGCUCGUUUACGAAGUGAAAACUACUACAACGUACUCUCCAAGUAUAUUGUUCGAUAUCAAUGGGGCUAUCUGACCUUCUCUCGACUUUGUCUUAACAAUAUUUUGUUCUUACUUCUUAGGUUUCUGGCGCAAUAUUUUGAAGGAAUCUUUCCCCGCGACAAUCCACGUAACACUCGGUUUUCAAUCAAUUUCUUCACCUCAAUUGGUCUUGGUGGUAUCACGUACGUACCAUUUUAUAUCUACAAAUACAGGAAUUUUUCAAUUGUCACAGAACGUCUUGUAAACACGAUGAAUUUAGGGAAAUUUGUUCAAUCCAGGGGCGAAGGUUAGAAUCGGUCUUGGGGUUUGCACAACUUUCGUGAAUUCUCCCAAGCUAUCUCAGUGAGCUGUGAGGAUAAGAAAGAUGGGUGACAUAACAAAGAGUGAAUACUCAAGUCAGAUUUUUAUGUGCAUUUAUUUUAGAGACGAACUGAGAGAGCAUUUGAAAAACGCUCCUAAAAUGAUCAUGUCCCAGCAGAGGCCUGGUGAGAGUGAUAGCGAUUCGGAUUCUUCUGACGACAGCGACAGUGAAGGUUCGUGGGAAAGGUUCUUCUGAGUCUCGUCUUACGACUUCUCGACUUUUUUCGUUUAGCAUAACGUAACUUAACGUCUCUCUCUUCUUUACAGAUAGUUCAAGUUCGGAAGAUUCUUCCGAAGAAUCUCCGGAGUCUUCUGAAGACUCCUCGGACGAUGAUCUUAAGAAGAAAAGGUGUGUUAACACAUUUGUUAGAGGACUAUACCGGUAUCACAGGGGUCAUGGGUUCAACUCCUGCACACGCUUGAUUAUAUAUUUCAGGCUUGAUUUUCACUACCGCUUCAGCAGUUUUCCUCACUGCCAAGACCAGUCUCAUCUUUACUUAACACAUUUGUUUGCGCAUUACCAACGAACAAUCGAAAAUUUCCGUCGAUAACGAUUAUGACGGAGAGUUUAGAUAGUUAUUCCAGUCUUACAGUACAACACAUAAUGGCAGAACGCACAUGUUUUUCAUGUCAGACUCAAUUUAUGUAAUGCGCGUUAUUUGGCCAUGUAUGUGCAAGUCCAAAGCUGUUGCUUCCUUACUUUCAGGUUUAACCUUAUGAGCAACCAAUAAACAGCGGAUUUCGAUCAACUGUCGUAAACGAAAACCAAAGAAAUCAUAACUCUGAAUACUGAGCGUCGUAAAACCAAAAGGAUAGUAAUCACAACAGCCAAUCAUAGCAAAGAAAAUAUCACGAGAAGCCAAUGAGAACUUGAAGUAAAAACGAGCAAACUGCGUGCAGCGCAGGAAAACGCGAGUGAUACAGUCGCGAUUGAUUAUAAUUUUGAAUUGGACUGUUUGAGAAAGUGGCGCGACUUUUCUGGACCAAUCACAUAACGAAGUAAAUCAGAACCCAAGCAAUCCCGAAUUACUUUUGACACUCUAUUGAAAAUUUUUUCAACAAGGAAUAAUAAUAGUAAUAAUAAUAAUGAUACAAAAAAUUCUAUAGCGCCCUAUUCUAGAGCUCUAAGGCGCUUUACAAUAAAAAUUUUAAAGCAGUAGCUUAGUAAAUAAUACAUUCAAGGAACAGCGAUAUCACCCAAACUAAUUGGACUCAGAGUAAACACAAGCGAACCAGCCGAAGCACGUGAAAACGUUUGUUAUCAAAUCACGAUUUGUUUGAGCAGUACAUGUGACUUGUUGAGAGGGUGGCACGAAUUUUUGGACCAAUCACUGAGCUAAGAGGAGCAAACCAAUGCAUUUCCGAAUUGAUUUUGAAAAACAAUUGAAAACCAUUGACAGAUGUUUUCUUAUCUAUUCUCCUAAAACUUGUAUCAAUAAAAUUUUGUCCUCCUUGUUUUCCAGGCACAAGAAGAAGCAUUCGUCUCGGAAGAAGAAGAAAGAAUCGAAUUCCAAGAAGAAAGAAUCAGAUUCCAAGAGACACAAGAAAAGGCGAUGAAAGAAUUAGUUUGAGAUUGGAAAGGAAUAAUUUUUAUUUAGUUUGUGGUCAUUAUUCAAACAUGCUCUUCAAUAAUUCUUAUCGUUUUAGAGAAACAGAAGACAGUGGAGACUUGGGGCGAGACUGAAAUAAAUAGAGAAGAGUCCGUGACCUUCCUUCC